AUGUUGCCGAAUCAUGACGAGUUCGAUUUUCGAGAAACUGACUUAUUGAGAAGUGAGACAGUUUAUCGAACGAAACGAAGCAAAACGGAUACUUUAUCGGUCGAGGCGGAAUUGCAGCGACGCGUGAAAGAAAUUAUCAAAGCAUUGAAACUGAAAUUUGAAGAUAAUGUUAAUGAUUUGGCUCAUUUUGGUUUUUUGGAAUUCAAAACUGCGAAUCAAACCGAACAAAAUGUCGAUGAAAACCAUCGUUUUCCAUUUUUUAUUCAUCUUUCUCCAAAUACACGACCAUUAUUCGUCUCAAAAUGCGUCGAAGUCUACCAUCUGCCUGCUCCGGACUUUAUUCUAUCGAUUCAAACAAGUCUGGGUUAUCAGAAUGAUGUAAAUAAACCAAAAUCAGGAAUUCAAACCGAAACUGAACGCGCGAUUCAAAACGGUUUAACCACUAUGGCGAAAAUCAUAUAUCCUUGGGUGACCACAAGUUGUUUAAAUGACGAUAUGAUGAAACUUCUUGGAAAUGCUCUGCAUCGGGACAUUUGCGGCAGAGAUAUUCCGUGUUUAGGAUUCACCAAUUGGAGUUCUUCCACAGGCGAUCACAUUUUAAUGGAAAAAUUCACGCGUGUGUCGGUUAACGAUGAACUUCGAUCGAUAUUAGAUAAUGAAUAUUCGGUUGUUCGUACUUAUAUUUUGAGACCCAAUCCGAGUUCCAAUGAUUCUGUGCCGCAUCGAAGACUUCAGUCAAAUCACACGCAUUUCGUUUUAUUCAAUGAUGGCUCGAAAGAUACGAAGAAUAUUCUACUAAAACGACAAGAAAUCGAACAUGAAUUGAGUGUAAAUCGCAUUUUGAAAUCUCCCAUACCGAAUUAUCCUCCGAGAAACAUCGUGUCGGACCAUGACAUUCCAAUUAUAAUGCUAUUAGUUGCUGGCGAUUUCUCAAUCUUGGCGACGAUAUGCAAAGCUCUAGCAGCAGGGACACCACUUGUUGUCGUUCGGAAUACCGGUGGUGUGGCUGAUAUCGUUGCUCAGUUGUGUCGAAAAUUGUCUCCGAAUGACGAAUUAGGUCCAUUUCGAAAGCGCACUUAUGUUGAAGAGUGUAAGACCGAGUUAAAAAAGCAACUUUCGUUGGAACAAAGUGAUAUUAUCGAUCCCGAUGAAGAAAUCGAGAAAUAUGUGAAUAUUUUCAACGAAAUGGAAGAGCUUGUUAUUGUUUUCGAUGCCAUUGAAAAUGCCAAUCUCGAAGAUGCCGUCGCCGAUGCCAUGCUCAAAGGAAUUAAGUAUCGAGUCGAUAAUUGGGAACAUUUUUUCUCUUUGGAUCUGCAAGAAGCGAGUCUCAUCUGGUGUUUGAUUUGGAAUAAAAUCGAUUAUGCGCAACAAUUACUCGUCGAUCGGAAUGAUGAAAACGCCAAAUCGACGGAAAAUCGUACAAAUCAAAUGAUUCCUUUGAUGCAGCAAUUGCUAUUCGAAGCUUUGUAUCGAAAUAAUGUUUCGUUUGUUAAUCUACUUAUGAAAUACGGUGCAUCGAUCGAAGAAUUGACCGAAGAACAACUGAUCAUCAUCUGUGUGAAAACAAUGAAUUGCGAUGCGUUGGUAUUGAAUGAUCCGUCGAUUAAGUCUCUUGUCCUUCACUCCGACCACAAAAUCCGCACUCUUCGAGAUUUUGUUGAACUGAAGUACAACAACUACCUUCGACAGUUUCUGGAGCACUAUAUAACGAAAGAAUACGAAGAAUAUACUGAACGACAUUUUCUCUCCUUAACGCAAAUCUUCGAUGAGCGAAAAACUGAAGCACUUUAUCUUUGGUUUCUGUUUAUGAAUCAACCAGCCAUGGCGAAGUAUCUUUGUUCAAGAAGUCGGAACCAAAUCGUUGCCAGUCUUCUCGCAGUGGAAAUUUACAGUACGGCUAAGAACGGCAUGCGCAAAAAUAGACAUACUUUACAAAAUGUUGCCGAGGAAUUCGAUCAACAUUCUCGAGCGAUUAUCGACAAAUGUUUGUCAGCAGACAACGAAUUCGCUUUGAAAUUACUCGAAUGUAAAGCACCGGCGUUGUUUCAUUGUUUUCCAUUGGAUAUUGCACAACGUGCGAAUUGUCGCGCAUUUCUCGCCAGUGAUACAAUUCAAUUACAUCUGUUAAACAUGUGGUUUCAUCGUUUCAACCAUCGGCAACGAUUAUUAACCAUAUCUGCGUCGAUCUGGGUGGCAAUCGCUGCGUUGUUUCUCCCGUUGAUUCCAAUAAUUCCGAUUUUAGUACCGACAUUGUUUCAAAACACGCGGAGCAAAGCGGAAAUUAAAUCGAGUUGCUCCAAUCCGUAUCAAGCUGUUGUGGCCUAUAAACCUCCAUCACCGAAACAAGCAAUUGUUCGUCGGUUUGGUAUUUCGAAUACUCUUAACAGAAUCAAAUGGUUUUAUGAAGCUCCGGUUAUACGUUUUUAUAACAAUUUAAUGUUUUUUGUGGCAUUCCUUCUUUUGUUCAGUUAUAUUCUUUUGGUUAGCUACUUUCCAAUACAUGCCCAAGUGGAAUAUCACGUGAAAUAUCGUUUUUUACCGAUUCCAUUAGCGGAAUUCCUGUUGCAUGUUUGUAUGUGGAGUUUGAUCAUUGAUGAAUUGUAUCAAUUCGUCUCUCAAAUCGUUAUGAAAUACAAUUACAGUACCAAUUCGUGGAAUUGGAUGGAUCAGGCAGGAAUUCUGUUCUAUCUAUUGGCCUUUGGUACUCGUUGGUCAGACGAUCAGUCGUGGUUUAUGUGGUCCAAGAUAUUCAUGUCCAUUGCAUGUGUUAUUUGGUAUACACGUAUACUUUUUUUCUUUGCUGUAUCGAAACAAUUAGGACCGUUAUUAACUAUGAUCUAUGAAAUGACGAAAGAAGCGAUGACGAUAUUCGUAUGUUUCAUUCUGAUAAUACUCUUUGGCUUUUCGGUGGCUUCCUGGGCGCUGUUAACUACGAAAUCGCAAGUGAUCUGGUCAAAUCAGACGAAUGGGUCUGUUCAUCUUCUUCCGGUGGUCAUUGCGGAAAGUAGCGAACUGUGGAAUUGGCAAUUGCUGAGGGAUAUCUUCAAUUGGGGCAUUUGGAAAGUGUUUGGACAAGUCGCCGAACCGUAUAAUGAUGCUGUCAGUGAAAAUGAUCUGAAUGGUGCGUUCGUUUUCCUCUUUUCCAUUGGUUUUACCGCCAUUGCCAAUAUUUUGCUUCUUAACGUUUUGAUCGCCAUGUUUAACGAGAAAAUCUUACGAGUUCUGGAAAAAUCCAACGAACUGUGGAGAAAUCAACGAUUUUGGUUGAUCUACGAGAUGAAAGACAAAACAAUUCUACCUCCGCCAUUGAAUAUUCUUUGUUAUAUUGUUCAAUUCCUUCAGUAUUGCUGCUCAAUAUGUAAACGAAAGUUAUGCAAACCACGUCAGUUUGACGAAUCAGAAUUCGAUGAAUAUAAACCGAUACACUUGGUCAUUGUUAAAAAUAUUAAUACAUCGACUAGAGUGUCCGCAUACCCUAAUCGCGAUUCAAUUGAUGAUUCGACAAUUUCGCGAGAUGUUGCUAAUCUCUCGAGUACAAUUGAAAAUCGUGUUACAAAUCGAGAAAAAGUUAUCGCGCAGUCGUAUUGGCAAGAUUUAUUCGAACAGGAGAAACAAAAACUAGCAUCGAACAAACAACACGACGAGAAGGACAAAAUAGUCCAAAAUUAUGAUCAACAGCCACUUCACGAAACUUUACAGACAACAAAAGUACUCGAAUUAAAAAACAACAAAAUCAGUAAUAAAGGUGCUCAACAACUUGCGGAGGUCAUACCGAAAAACACAACUCUAAUUGAAAUCAAUUUAAUGAAAAAUUGUAUUUCUGAUCAAGGUGCACAAUAUUUAUCCGAUGCGCUGCUCAACAAUCGCACGAUCACAAAAUUCGAUAUUUCAGCCAAUCAUAUCGGGGCACAGGGUGCGCAAUACAUCGCGAAAGUUUGCCGAAAUAAUAAAGUGUUGAGUAACAUCAAUUUAUCAAAUAAUCAUAUUGGAGACAGCGGAGCUCAACAUCUCGCAUAUGUUAUCCCACAAAAUAUGACAUUGAGAAUUCUCAAUUUGAAAAAUAAUCAAAUCGGAGAUUAUGGUACUGAAUGCUUAGCGAAUGCUUUACGAUAUGAUAUGACAUUAACUCAUCUUGAUCUUUCGGUGAAUCGUAUUACUGCAGCGGGAAUUCGUCAUUUAGCUCUGGCAUUAUCCAAUAACACUACACUCAAUGUGCUCAAUUUGGCAUCGAAUAAGAUCGAAAAUAAAGGAUUGGAAUACUUAGCGAAUGUUCUUCGACUCAACUCGACAUUGUCCACACUUGAUCUCAGCUCGAAUAGAAUCAGUUGUCACGGAAUUCAACACAUUGUUAAUAUUUUAGAAAAUGAAGCAGUGCUCAGUACACUCAUCCUGUCUGAUAACGAAAUUGGAUACAAUGGAAUCGUAAAACUAGCUAACGCGUUAAAAAAGAAUGAAGCAAUUACCACACUUGACAUUGGUAGUAACGGAAUCGGAGAUCAAGGAAUACAACAUUUAAUUGAUGCUUUGAACGAAAACAGUACGCUGACAACGCUGCACCUUUCCUGGAACCAAAUCGGGCCAACAACAGCGAAAAAUCUCGCCAAAACUCUGGGCUAUAAUACGACCCUUGCAGAUCUUGAUCUCAGUUACAACCAAUUAGGACCUGAUGGAAUUCAAAUCUUGGCUCCGGUUCUCCGACAUGCCACAACAUUGAUAACACUUUCUCUAUCAGGAAAUCGACUUGGACAUCUUGGUGUACAAUAUCUCGCAUAUGCUUUGCAAUCGAACGAGUCAAUUACAACACUGGAUCUCUCGAGAAAUCAAAUGGAUAAUGUUAGUAUGAACUACCUGAAAGCAGCUUUGGAAACGAAUAAAACACUUCGUACACUCGAUUUAUCAAAUAAUCAGAUUGGAGAUGCAGGAGUGAAGAGUCUAACUGCAGCUUUGAAGUUAAAUUCGACAUUAAAUAAUAUAAAUCUUCGAUUCAAUCGCAUUCGUGAUGAUGGAGCUGAAUUUUUAGCUCUCGCUCUCGUUUACAACAUGAAUGUGGCGGUAAAAGAACUCGAAUUGGGCCAAAAUCAAAUUUCCGAUCAAGGCGCACAUAAACUUGCCGACUUCUUACAAUACAACACGACUUUAACAAAAUUGGGAAUGACGGGAAAUCCAAUAACCAUCGAUGCAGCCAGAUAUCUGUCUCAAACUCUACGCAACAAGCUGAAUUUGACAACGUACAAUCUCGCAAAGAAUGAAAUCGGUGCUGAAUUAAUUCAUUAUCUUACCGAAAUGCUACGAACUGAAAAUACGCUCACGGCGCUCAAUCUCGAAAAUAAAGAAAUGGGAUACAAAGAUAUUCGAUUAUUAUCUGUUGCUUUACGAAACAACUCGACAAUCAGCGCGAUAAAUCUCAAUGGAAAUCAUAUUGAUGUAAUGGGAACUGAAUAUCUUUCAAAAGCUUUGCGAAACAAACAAACAUUCACCAAACUCGAACUUGACGGAAACGAAAUCCGUACGGAAGGAGUUUUGUAUUUAACCGAUAUUUUCAGUUACAACACAUCUUUUGUUGAACUUAAUUUGAGUAAUAAUGACAUUGGAGAUCAAGGACUUCAAUAUUUAGCUGAAGCACUUCAAAAUACUAAGACACUGACAACGUUGAGACUCGCGGGAAACAAGAUUGAAGAGCAAGGAAUUCAAUAUUUAGCCAAAGCGUUUUGCAAUGUUACUACAUUAACAACAAUAGACUUUGGAUUUAACAAACUCGGUGAUUUAGGAAUUAAGUAUUUGAUCGACGUUCUUCAAAGGAAUACGAACUUAAAGACUUUGAGUCUAAGUCGAGUUAAUACGAGACUUGAAGGAGUGAAAUAUCUGGCUGAUUAUCUUCGAAAUAACACGUCAUUGACUGAACUUGAUUUCUCGAGAAACCGAAUUGGAAUCGAUGGUAUGGAAGGUAUCGAGUAUUUAGCUGAUGCUUUGUCUAAUAAUAAGACUAUUACAACAUUGAGAAUGGCGACGAAUAAGUUCACAUCGGAAGGUACUGGGUACUUCGCCAAGAUUCUCGAAAAUAACACGACCUUGACGGAACUGGAUGUUUCAUACAACUGGGUUGGAAAUGAUGGAGUUCUAUACUUAGCUGGUGUUCUAAAGGACAAUCAGACACUUACUAGCCUUAGUCUUAUUCAAAAUGAAAUCGAUGAUUCUGGUGUGGAAUAUUUAGCAUAUGCUCUGGAGAAUAACCAGUCACUCACAACACUUCUUCUAAAUGCGAAUUAUAUCGGUGAUCUGGGAGCGGAGUAUCUCGCGAAUGUAUUCAAGAAUAAUAACACUUUAAUCAAUCUCGGCCUCCAAGGAAAUUAUAUCGGAGACGAAGGUGCACAACAUCUAGCAGAUGCUUUUCGAGAUAAUACAACACUGGUCACUCUCAAUCUCAAAGGAAACAGUAUUGAACAUGAGAAAAUGCAGGAAUUGAUGAAAAUUUUCGAAAAUCACAACAGAAUAACACCGAUAAAGCUUGAAGACAAUGCAACAUCUGACCAAGACGAACAACAUCAACAAGCCGAUGAUUCAUUGAGCGCUGCAGCAUCGACGACAUUCGAUCUAAAAGAUGAAAAUAAAGGCGUGGAACGAGCAAAAUAUCUCGCCGAAAUAUUCGCAAAGAACAAAACGCUCUGCAAAUUGGAUCUCGAAAAUAAUCAUAUCGGUACACGCGGCAUUGAAAACCUUGCAAAUGCUUUUCAAAACAAUUCAACAUUAACUACAUUGAAUUUGGCUUCGAAUGAAAUUGACGAUGAAGGUAUCCAGCACUUGAUCAAACUACUCGAAAAUAAUCAUAUACUGACGAUACUCAAUCUCAGUAAAAAUCAAAUUGGUUCGCGAGGAACCGAACACUUAGCCAACGUUUUAGCGAAUAACAAGACAUUAAAAACCCUCGAUUUGUCUGCGAAUACAAUUGGUGUUGAUGGAACGCAACAUUUGGCUAGAAUUCUCGAAAACAAUGAUACGUUGACAGAAUUUGAUUUAAGCCAGAAUGAAAUUGAUGAUAAAGGAAUCGAAUGUUUAGGCAAAGCUUUGGAAAAUAACAAAACGCUAAUCACGGUGAAACUUGAUGAUAAUAAAAUCAGUGCUGAUGGCGUCGAAUAUCUCGUCAAUUUUCUCAAGAAUAAUACAACUCUUUCAACGCUUAAUUUCAAUGGCAAUACACUCGGUACUGUUGGUGUUAAACAUUUAGCAACUGCAUUUCAGAAUAAUAAUACAUUGACGACACUCGAUCUUUCUCGAAAUAAAAUCGAAGAUGAAGCAAUGAGUUACCUUGCCGAUGUUGUACGAAACACUCAAACGUUGGCUACACUCCUCCUCUCUCGCAAUAUGAUUGGAGAUGAAGGAGUCAAAUACUUAGCUGCUGUUUUACAAAAUAAUCGGACACUUAUUAAACUCGAUCUUAGUCGAAAUGACAUUGAAGAUCAAGGCAUUCAACAUUUGAGUUUUGCUCUGAUUAAUAAUACCACACUCACAUCUCUUGUACUCAGUAAUAAUAAAAUCAAACAACAAGGAGCUCAACAUUUAGCCAGCGCUUUUGCAAAUAACAAGACUCUGACUUUCCUUGAUUUGGCUACGAAUUGUAUCGGAGAUCAAGGUGCACAAGCAUUGACGACCGUCUUUCGCAAUAACACGACGUUGACCACACUUGAUUUACGGCGUAACGAGAUUGGAAAAUUGAUGAAACACUAUGUAAUGAAAACUCUACGAAAGAACAAUGGAUUGAAAUUGUUUUUAAGAGAUGAUGAUUAUGAUCGUUAUUGA